UCUAAUUGGGAUGUCAGCUCAGUGAUUACAUUGCUAGUGAGCUGGGAUUAAAAUCAAGGACCACACUUGCUCUGUGCCUUGUGUAAAGUUAGUGUUUAGUAAAUACUUUUCAAUUGAUUUGACGAAAGAUGUCAUCCAAGAGCCAGUCAAGUGUUCUUCAUAAAUUCAAGGGAGUCAUCUUUUCUACUAUGUCUUCAGAAGAACUUCUAAAUUCCCUGGAUUCUUUUGAGGCAAGACAGGAUGAUGUGUUUCUGGUUUCCUAUCCAAAAUCUGGCACUCACUGGAUUGCAAAAGUCAUUGAGAACAUUCCCAAUGCUAGACUUACCCUAACACCUCCUAUUGAAUUGGGAGACAUUUCUAAAUUCGAAGAACUAAAAACAUACUGUGAGAGGAGAGUUAUUCCAACGCAUUUGAGCUACAGCAUGCUACCAAUGAAUAUUAAACAGAAACAGUGCAAGAUUAUCUACAUCGUUAGGAAUCCAAAAGAUAUAGCUGUUUCAUUCUUCCACUACUACAGGGAUAACCCUAAUCUCCCUAGCACUGAAACCUGGCAUGAAUUUUUUGAGCUGUUCCUAAAAGGAGAUGUUGUAUAUGGAUCCUGGUUUGAUCACGUUUUAAGCUGGGAAGAACACAAAAAUGCUAAGAACAUUUUAAUUAUAUCCUAUGAAGAGAUGAAGAAAGAUCCUUCUAAAAACAUAAAGAAAAUAACUACUUUCCUCGGUUUAAAUGUGACUGACAGUGAGAUUAAUCAAAUUGUGUGGAAAACAUCAUUCACUGAAAUGAAAAAUAACACAGCCAAAGAAAACUGUGAUCCAAAUCACACCAUCUGCGCCCUCACUUCUAACAGGAACCUGGUAUUUAGGAAAGGGGCAGUGGGUGAUUGGAUAAACUACUUCACUUCAAAGCAGAAGAGAGUAUUUGAUGAACUAUUCACAGAGAAAAUGAAGCAUAGUGAACUAGCAAAACACUUUGGAGAUUACUCUUAAUAUAAAUGGGAAAUGAAACCAAUUUCCAUUUUAUGCAAGGCAGUGCUUGGGGAAUACAUAAAUAUUUUUCACCAGUGUGGAAAGCAGAUAUUUCUUGCAGUGAAAAAACAGACACCUUAUGAAAAAGUGUCAUGUGUGAGAGACAAUUAUUAGCCUAUUUGGGGAUAGAUAAUUACUAAUAAAAGGAAGCAUACAAUUUUUGCAUGGCUGAAUUAUAUGUCUGCUUUCAGGCUGUUCAUAAGACAAGGAGAUUACUUUUAUUUAGAGAUAGAAUAUUACUGUGGGUGUCCUAUAAUCUGCAUUAAUGUACAGCAAAAGAGGUGUGGGGUUAACCAAAAUAACAAAUGUCUGACAAGAAAUUAUUUUCUGCCUAUUUAGACCAUCAUGACCUCUAGACAAACAUUUUUUAUUUCAACAUUCCCCAGUGUCUGUGUAAAAAUAUUCUCCAGUGUCAUACAAUGACAGACAUCAUUUUAUUAAGGAGAGAACUCCUAAUAGAUUAUAUUAAAUGAUAGUCUGGUAUAUUAGUGAGGAUCAAGAAUGAAGAAAUAUUCUUUACCUUUAAAUUCACACUGGCUUGACAUUCCAGUACUUUCUUUAUCUUUAAUAAAGUCAAAUUACAAAAUGUCUUACUUUUCAGUUUUGAAAAGUAUGUUUCCUUGAAUUAUUUAUGAUUUUUUACAGUAUUUUGAAUAUGUAGGCUUUCUCCCAGAAGCAUUUCUAGCAUUAAUACAAUUUCCAUAAUUUUCUCCUGUAAUGAAUAUUAUUCUGUAGGUUUAGCCUAGAGGACAUUCUAAUGAAAUUUCAGUGAACUUAUUUUAGGAUUAUUACCUAAAUGACAAAAGACAAGUUUUGAAUAUCUAUGGUAUGUUGUUUACACCUUGGCCGUAUUAUCUAAUUCAAGGCUAAAUGGAAAAUCAAAACUGUGUACUGUAUAUGACUAGCUAUAAAUGCAAAGCCAGGAAUUGAGUUAGUUAAUUCAAACACUUUGAUUGUGUAUCUCAAUGUAUUGUUAAUCAUUUUUGGUAACUUUUGGAGUCUUUGUGGCAAGUUUAUCACAAUUCAGUAACCAUUAGAUUUUGAUCAGUCUUCUCUAUAGACAUACUUGUUAUGAAUAAAAUGUAUUCCUUUGGA